AUGCUGCGCUUGGCAGUCUUGCUCCUGUGCGGGCUUAAAGGGUUUGGCUCCGAGCUGUGCCUUGAGGAUGGUGUGCCGGAAAGUCAGCGAAAGUAUAUCCAGGAUGGUGCAGGCAUCGACAUUCCAAUCGGAAUCUUUGAGAGCAAUUGGGCUUCUUCUUGGCUGCUCAACAAGUUGACCGAAAUGUUGGUUCAAGAAGUGAUGGGCUACCAUGCGAAGGUUGAUCCUCGCAUGGGCGCCAAUGGAGCGUCUUGCUUUUACGCGUUGCCCGGGUGCAUGGAUUUUGACAACAAAAUCGUUGCCGAGAAGCAGUGUGGAAUUAACGAGACCACGCUCCAUAUCAGCGUGGACUCUUGGGUUGGCAGCUACGCUUCAGCAAUGGAUCAAUUCAACAAGGAAUUCCCCAGAAUUGCAUCGGUAGACUUGGGCUCCAUGGGUUAUGCAGGUGAGGAAUCCAUGUACGUGAGCCAGGCCAUUCUGAAUGAUGCUUACGGGGAUUCGGGUCUCGCCCUUGACUUCUACAAGAGCUACAACACUACGCAUCACAAUCCGAGGAAAUAUUUUGAUUCGAUUCAUGACGUGGACCUCUCGGAAUUGGAAAUGUGCAACGAGACGGACAUGAGCAACCCGAGUCGAAUUGGAGACUAUGCCAAGUACUCUGGGGACUAUGAUGGGGUAGUGAGCCAAGCAGACGGUACGUUUGUCGCCAAGUGCACAGACAACCGCUGGUGGUAUGCUCCUGCUUGCAGACAAAAUUCCUCCCAGUGCAUCCCUCUAUUCACGUCAGGCAAUGGUUGGAAAUUGCAAGCAUUGAUGCAGUGGUCCACUGCCUACGGAAUGCCAACAGCUAUUGCACUCUCCAAGGGGUAUUCCACAUGGAUGAAACAUGUGAAGAAUCAUCGUGCCUUGCACUACUGGUGGGUUCCAGAUUCAACCUUCAUCGACAUGCUGCCAGAGCCUUUGACGUUUGCGCGUCACAGUGCGACUGAGUGGUUAGAGGGAGACAAGAAGAGCGGAGCAAAAGGAAGCUACGUGUCCAAGUUGGUGAGUCACAACUUGCAAGCCAAGGCUGGCAGGGUACGUGAGUUUGUCUCCAACAUGAACUUUGAGCUUCCAGAAGUACAACGUCUUCUUUUGGAACUUGAUCAGUUGGGCUCCACCUACAACGUUUCAUGCAAGUGGAUGAAGGAGAAUCGAGACGGGUGGGGCAAGAAGAGAGGGGGUUCAUAUAUAUAUAUAGUGUUCACUUCUUGUUUGUCCCUCCGCAAAGACUAA